CUUCCCCCCCCCCUCUGGGUUUGGAGGGAACUUCUCUGCAGACCUAAAAUUCCCAUUCCUAAGUGCCAUUUUCAUGCUCUCACUGAACCUGAGACCCCUCUCAAUCAUGAGCAAGAGACAAAGACCCAUUCAAUCUCCUCCAUCAACCCCUCCAACCCCACAAACCCACAACCCCAAAAGACCCAAAACCAUCCUCAAACCCACCAAAUGGGUCCCACUCAAUCUCACCCAAUCCGAGCUCUCCUUGCCCCUCACCUUCCCCACCGGCCAAACUUUCAGGUGGAGACAGACCGGCCCUCUUCAGUACACAGGCGUUGUUGGGGCCCACUUAGUAUCCCUCAGGCACCUCGAAAACGGCGACGUUUCCUGCUGCCUUCACCACACCACCACCUCCGAAACCAAUGCCAAGUUGGCCUUGCUCGACUUUCUCAAUGUGGGUAUUUCUCUGGCUGGCAUUUGGGAGGUUUUCUCGGCCUCGGAUUCGAGGUUUGCUGAGCUCGCGAGCCAUUUAGGCGGUGCGCGCGUGCUUAGGCAAGACCCAGUUGAGUGUUUGAUUCAGUUUCUUUGUUCUUCAAAUAACAACAUCCAGAGAAUUACCAAAAUGGUAGAUUUUGUAUCUUCGUUGGGGAACCAUUUGGGUUCUGUUGGAGGUUUUGAGUUCCAUGAAUUUCCAUCUUUAGAGCGCUUGUCAAUGGUCUCAGAGAAAGAGUUCAGAGAGGCUGGUUUUGGCUAUAGGGCCAAGUACAUAACUGGCACUGUAAAAGCUUUGCAAUUGAAACCUGGUGGAGGAGCAGAGUGGCUUUUGUCUCUGCGUAAAACGGAGCUCGAAGAGGUGAUUGAAACUCUUUCCACAUUGCCUGGAGUUGGUCCUAAGGUGGCAGCAUGUAUAGCUCUUUUCUCGCUUGAUCAACACCAUGCCAUUCCUGUUGAUACACACGUGUGGCAGAUUGCUACUAGAUACCUCAUACCUGAGCUAGCAGGUGCUCGUCUGACACCUAAGCUCUGUGGCCGUGUGGCGGAGGCAUUUGUGAGUAAAUAUGGGAAAUAUGCUGGCUGGGCUCAAACUCUGCUUUUUAUUGCUGAAUUACCUUCCCAAAAAGCCCUUCUACCAGCACAUUUUUCGAAUGCAAAAGAGAGUAAAGCUGCAAAGAAGAAGGAUCGUAAAUCUCCACUUUCAGUAGUUGAUUAACAUGACUUGACAAUUGGAAUCUGCAUGUUUGAGUUAAAACCUUCUAGUUCGAUGAUUGCAUCACACUGACAAUGUGCAAGAUGAUUUUCUCCAAAACAAUUUAACUCCUCCUCGCAAAUCAGGACUCAGGAAGAUGAACAAUAGUGAAAUAUAAGCUGCUUAUUGGAAGGUGAGGUCCAAUUGCAUUCUAUGAAAUUUGUCACCUGUUCCUUUCAAAGUUUAUGCGCUCAUUCUCAUUCAUGUGUACCUUGCACUUUCCUCUGUAUCAUUACUGCUUGCUAACAUAUAUUUCUAGGCGGUCAUAUUGUUGAGAAUAACUUAGAUUGGAAUUGAUGAUUGUUCAAACAUUAUUUGUAUCUGAAUCGAGAAGUUGUAGAUACACCCACAUUAUUUUAUGAAUCAAGUGUCUAUCUUUUUUUGGGUAAA